AUUAUAAAUAUGAAGCUAUCUUUUCUAAACCCACACCAACUUCUUUAUUUCAAGAAUUAUCUCAAGAAGUAAAAAACUUCUUUACAAAACAAAAUGAAAUUGAAACAAAUUUUAAAAGUCAAGCUUACUAUUUCUAUAGCUACUUCAGAGCAUAUUUUAAAGCAGUUACAAAAAAUGACAAGAUUAUUGACCUCUAUUCACAACAACAAAUUAUAUAA